AUGUCGCGUGCGGACUGGGAUGAUCUAACAGUGACGAUCACAACAGUGAUAUCUCGUGCUGAGAGUCCGAGGUCGGCUUCCACAGAAGAGCAGAAGUUGCGUACGUUUGCGGAGGCGAACGAUGAUAGCGGUUUACAGGCAGAAGGGGUCUCAAGUCCUUCUGAAGGCCUAAAGGCCCAGGAUCACUUGGUGGUCUGGGUCGAAAAAUAUCUCGUGCAGACGCAUGGACAAACACAGGCCAAUGUUAUCCUGGAUGACAUUGAUAGAAGGAUUGCGGCAGUUCCUGCAUUUUCGGGACUACGCAGAUUUCCUCAAGGACGCAACUUUCAACAGUGGACCGGAGACGAUUCAAAAGCACUUAUGAAGGUGUAUUUACCAGUGAUUGAAGGCUACGUCCCAGUCGAAAUUGUCCGCACAUUUCGUGCUUUCCUCGAAUUUUGUUAUCUUGUCCGUCAUAAUAUCAUCACAGAGAAGACGCUUGCAGAAAUUGAUGACGCACUUGCUCGAUUCCAUCAGUAUCGCGAAAUCUUCAAGUCCUCUGGGAUGAUUCUGACAUUCUCACUCCCCCGACAACAUUCAAUGAAACAUUACCAUGCUCUCAUUCGACUUUUUGGUGCGCCGAACGGACUUUGUUCCUCUAUCACAGAAUCCAAGCACAUCAAGGCCGUGAAGGAACCGUGGAGACGAUCGAGUCGCUACAAAGCACUAGGCCAGAUGCUCGUGACCAACCAAUGCCUGGACAAGUUGACUGCAUCACGUCAAGAUUUUCGGGCUCGCAGGAUGCUUAACGGCACCUGUCUAUCUUCUGUCAUCGCGGCGUUGAAUGCACAAACCCCCACUGAGGAGCAUCGCAAUAUGGACCAACAAGAGCCACCUGCCAUCUUGCCUGCUAGACUGGGAGAAGAUGAUGGGGGCGCAGACUUUGAGGUUGUCGAUGACCCCAUGUCAGUCCUCGCGCUGUAG